AUGAUGGAGCGAUUUGCAGAUGUAAUGUCACAUUUCAUGGCCACGAACCUCCUCUUCUCCCUCGUUAGUUGUCUUGUUUUGGGCCAUCAACUGGAUGCCGUAACCGAACAGACAACCGUCACAGUCCGCCAUGUAGACACUACAUUUGUUACUUCUAUCUUGACCCAACUUUGCAACAGCCAGAGCACGGAGAGUUUUGAAACGGACCCCGAUACCAAGAGCCACAUGAGGGAACCAACGGUAGUAACAGGUGACCUGCCAAUAACGACCAACUUGCUCUCAUCACCACCGGAAACCUCCCAACUUCAGCCGGCGCCGUCCCAACCAUCUACUGAAGUUGGGUCGAGCAGCGAUUCAGCAUCGUCGGUUACAAGUGCCAUUGCUAUCGGGACACACACCAUCAUCAUGCCAACUGAGCAAACCAUAGCCGUCACCAUCACCACUGAUGGGCUGACAUUGACCUUUCCACUGCCACCGCCUAGUUCGCACGAAACGUUGAUUUCUGGUACGACAGCGGAGGGAACACGGACGCGGAUUACUAGUGAUGGGGUGAUCAUCAUUGGAACUGACAGCUUCGCUAUUCCAACUGGUUUUUCUACACCAGUGACAACGGCAAGAAACGGGGUGACUCUCACCUUUUCCCCUGAGCCUUUUCCAGCUGUCUCUACCAGCAACGGGAUCACGAUCAAUAGUGGGACAGAUUCGAUACCAGUUCCAACCGAUCCGACAAUUAUUACGACUGGCGGAGUUACCUGGAAUAUUUCACCCGGGAAUCCUCCUUCUUCGUCCACAACACCAUCCUCGAUGCCACCGAGCGCUGUUACGUCGGUAGAUAACCCCCCUCCUCCUUCAGCUACACAGUCCACAAUAAACUUCACAGCACCACUGAACACCCAUACUUCGUUCGAAAAUCCCCCCCUUCAGUCAUCCGCACCGUCCACAAUGUCGUCUGAUAUGCCUACUUUGGUUGACAAGAAUCCCCCGUCGUCGGCUACUCCAUCUACGGCACCGUCGCAUAACCCUACUUCGUUUGAGAACCCAUCCCCUCAACUGUCUACAGCGGUCUCGUCGUCGCCGACGUCGGCGUCAACUUCAGCUGAGAGUGUUUCUUCUCAGUCGACAGCACCGUCCUUAACUCCUCAUAAUACUGCUACGACGCCAGAAAACACUAUCUCUCAUUCGACGGCACCAUCAUCCACAGAACCAAGCAUUGAUACUUCGAUCGAAAAUUCCCCCUUCCAGUCGGUUACGCCGUCCUCGGUACCCCCAGGCCUAUCUACGUCUACGUAUCCGGAGAGCUCUCUGCAGUCUACCACUACACCAUCUUCUAUGUCUGAGAAUACAUCUGUUGCAAUGGACAGUCUCUCCCUAUCAGUUCCAGCAUCCUCGGCACAACCGCCAAAUACCACUACUUCUCCCGAGAAUCCUCCUUCACCUUCCACAGCGCCAUCUUCAGCACCUUCGAGCACUUUCACCUCCGUGGAGAAUCCCUCUCAGUCGGCACCACCAUCCUCGGCACUGUCGAAUACGUCUGCUUCCCCUGAAAAUCCCAUCUCUCCUUCGACUGAGCCAUCCUCUGCGCCGGUGAAUACUGUCACUUCUCCAACCAGCGUGUCAGAUUUACCUAUCUACACAACAUGGCCGCCUGAAGCCUCCAUCAUUCCAGUCACAACGGUCGUCCCUGAGCCAACAGUGAAGGACGGGAAUACGGAGUUGCCUUGCAAGAUUUGGUUUCUUUGGGUGGUCUCUUGCGAGACGGACUCUGCUACGACUUCCUGCACGACCGUUCAGUCCGUCAUCACGUCAGGUUGCUCACAAAUGGGUGCGACGAGCACGACGUUUGCGCCCGCCUGCAAACUUGUGCCUACAAACUACGUCAACAUUGUCGAAGUCGAGCGCGAUACUUUCAGCCACACAAGCGGUGUCGUGACCAUCACUGCCACGGGACCGACACAGACGGACACAGGAGAGCCGUCAAACAUGCCGACGCUGACGGGAACAGCCCCUUCCUCUUCAUCCAGCGGUGAAUGCCUAUCUUUGUCCACCUUCACAUCUUGCCACUUUGUUGGUGGAAGACAAGGCUCCAUUUGCGUGCCGACAUCUACAUGUGUGCGAUGGCGUCCGGCGGAGACGCCCUCGACUGGGAAUCGGUGCGAACAGGAUGGUGAGUGCAGCAAUUACAAGUGUGCCGAGGGCGAGCGGCCUGGCUGCCUCGUCCGCGGCUUGGGUGGUGAGAGAUCCGGGUCGUGUCAGUGCCUACAAAUUGCGACAUCGUCGACUGUGGAAGGGGGUGGAGGGUCUCCCCCGGAGACGACGAUGACGACGACGAGCCAGGAGCCGAAGAAAACACCACCGCCGGAUGGUUUCAAUUGCAAUUCCGCUGCCGACUGUGCUAUCUGGACUUGUGUCGACGGCUCCAAGCCCGGGUGCAGCUCUCAUGGUUCUGGAGACCCGUUUACGCAGCAUUGCCGGUGUUAA